AUGACUACCUUGCGUUUUGUUCGCUCUGUUUGGGAGUCCUUUCGGGCUACUUCGGGGCUAGAGCCUCGUCUAUCGCGCCAGCUUCGUGUGACUGCUGCCAAACCUGGGUUAGUCAACUUUGAACUCGAUAUCAAGAAGGAGCACACGAACCGCCUGAACAUCCUCCAUGGCGGUACCAUUGCCAGCAUGGUGGACCUUGGUGGCUCCCUGGCUGUUGCUUCUCGUGGUUUGUUCGCGACAGGCGUCUCGACUGACCUGAACGGUGAGCAGAUAGCAACUUCUACUUUCACCGAAGACCCCCUAAUAAAUCAUACAGUGACGUAUCUCAGUUCUGGUGGUAAAGUAGGAGACAGGAUCCUAGCGGAAGUCAGCUGUGAUAAAUUUGGCAAGACCCUUGCAUACACGUCGAUUAAAUUCGCCAACACUAAAGGAGAAGUCUUCGCCAGAGGAAGCCACACCAAAUUUGUCGCUCUCGCAUGGAAAGACCCUCAAAACAUCGUUGAGGAGAUCAACAAGCUCGAGUCCUCGUCAUCUUAG